UUUAGUAACUCAUAUAUAAAACUCAAAAAAAUUCUAACAUGGUGACUAUCAAAUUGAUCCUUUUACCCUAAAAUUUUAUUUGAGAAUUGGAUUUCUCCAUUGAUUUCAGCCCCCAAAUCUCUCUUUCUCUGCCAUUUUUCUCCAUUGCUAAAACCAGUUUCUCCUUCCCUUUUUCCUCACCCAUCUCAUUGCAAAUCCCACAACUUCUACUGUUAAACUGUUGUUGAAAAAAAUAAGAGUAUGCUUUGGGUUUUGAAGAGUUUAUAUUGAUUGAUAUGUAUAAAGCUCUUGGUAAGCAUAGACUCAUAUAUCGUACUCGCAUUUCAAAUUACGUGAAAACUGGUUUGGUAAACGAAGCACUCCAAGUGUUUGACAAAAUGACUCAAUCAGAUUGUAGAGUUUUCAGCAUUGAUUACAAUAGAAUUAUUGGUGUUUUGAUUCGUACUUCGCAUUUUGAUUUAGCAGAAGGAUAUUAUAAUGAGAUGAAACCAGUUGGGUUUUCUUUGAAUUCAUUGACAUAUUCAAAAUUUAUUUGUGGGUUGUGUAAAGUUAAGAACUUUGAUCUUAUUAGUAGGUUAUUAAAUGAUAUGGAUAGGGUUGGGAUUGUACCGAACUUUUGGGCGUAUAAUAUGUACUUAAAUCUUUUGUGUAGUGAAAAUUUGGUGGAUAUUGCUUUGGAGUUGAUUAGAGUAAUGGGAGAGAAAGGGAGAGAGCCAGAUGUAGUGAGUUAUACUAUUGUUAUUAGUGGGUUGUGUAGGAUUGGACGGUUCGAUAAUGCUGUUGAAAUGUGGCAUACGAUGAUUAGGAAAGGUUUAAGACCAGAUAAUAAGGCUUGCAAAGCUCUUGUUUUUGGGCUGUGUGGGAGUGGUAGGGUUGAUUUGGCUUAUGAGCUGACUUUGGGUAUUCUAAGGGGUCAAGUCAAAUUCAACACGGAAAUAUAUAAUACGCUGAUAAAUGGAUUUUGUCGAGCUGGUAGGAUUGACAAAGCACAAGCAAUUAAGACAUUCAUGAGGAGAAAUGGGUGUGAACCAGAUUUGGUUACUUAUAAUGUGUUCUUGAAUUAUUGUUGUAACGAGCUUAUGUUGGAAGAGGCGGUGAAGUUGAUAGAGAAGAUGGAAGGAAAUGGGUUGGAACCUGAUGGUUACAGCUAUAACCAGCUUCUCAGAGGUUUCUGCAAAGCGAAUAGAUUAGAUAAGGCUUAUAAGUUAAUGGUCGACAAGAUGGAAACCAAAGGAUUGGUAGACGUUGUAUCUUACAAUACUAUUAUUAGAGCACUCUGCAAGACAGACCACAGUAAGAAGGCAUACAAUCUCUUCGAGGAGAUGGAGCAAAAAAAAAUUGUCCCUGACGUUGUAACUUUUACGAUUCUUAUAGAAGCUUCUCUAAAAGAAGGCAAUUCUAGUGUAGCUAAGGCACUUGUUGAUCAGAUGACCAGCAUGGGCCUUUUUCCUGAUCGUGUACUGUACACUUCUAUUAUAGAUAACCUGUGCAAGACAGGUAAAUUAGGGGUGGCUGAGAGCAUUUUCCGUGAUAUGGUGGAACAGGGUGUUGCUCCUGAUGUUAUCUCGUAUAAUGCACUAAUCAGUGGAUUUUGCAAGGCUUCUAGAGUAACAGAAGCACUGAGUCUUUAUGAAGAUAUGCAAGCCAGAGAUUUGAAUCCUGAUGAAAUCACCUUCAAAUUAAUUAUUGGAGGUCUCAUACAGGAGAAGAACCUCUCAGUGGCUUGUGCAAUCUGGGAUCAGAUGAUGGAAAAGGGUUUUACUCUUGACCGAGAUUUAUCUCAGACUCUUAUUAAUGCAAUCAACCCAUAGGUUGCACAGUAUCCUGAAUGGUUUGUAUCUAUGAACACCCAUCUGGUUAUAUCUUUUUGCAUUUUCUGAUGGAACACCUAUGUGGUUACAUCUUUUGUAUGUUUCUGAUAUUUAUUUGCAUAUUGGGCAGUUGCUUAUUUGUCAAAUAUCGCCUGUACCUGUUUCUGCUUUACAAUCAACAGUCUUUGCAAAGUUUCCUGUCUUGCAACUACUGUUUGUGUCUUGUGUUUUGGUUAUCACAUGAUUUUGCUGAUGUUACUGUUUUCCUUCCCUAUUGCUACAUGAUGCUUCCUUAGUACAUGUUUUAUUUCUUUCCUUUUGUAUGUUCUUUGAUUUGUGUUACCUAAGCUGGGAGUCUUUCGGAAACAACCUCUCUACCUCCAUAUGGUUAAGGUUUAUGUACGCCCUACCCUCCCCACACCCCAUCUUGUGGGACUACACUGGGUAUGUUGUUGUUGUUAUGGCUUAUUUGUCCAAUAAAUACUAUUCUAUAUAUUUCUGGAUCAUCUAAAACUUUAGAUUGACUAGUUGAGAUUGAAAGAUUUGUCCUGGAGAAUAUGAAUAUUUCUGCUUCAAACAAACAGAUAUCGUGGAACUUAUGAUUGCCUUUUAAAAUAUUUUUUAUUUUAAGAUGGUUUAAUUGGAAGUUGGAAUUUCAGGCUGACUUGCUUUGAAUCCUCCAUUGGAAAAUUCUAUGGGAUUUGCAGCUCUCAGAACUCAUUAUUUUAGACCUGUUAUAUUCAAGGAAAUGCCAAAAUCACCGAGAUUUCAAGUUGUUUAACCCAAGAUGAACAUUCAUCUGGCUGCUCUGGACUGAAAGUUCCAGAGUGAAUGACCACAAGAAGAGGUAUCAUUUAGAAAUGCUUGCAGUUGAACCAUGUCAGUGAUACUGGAAUCUAUGAUAGUGAAGUUAGAUUUGCAGCUUUUUCUGAAUUUGCUUACUCGUGAGACGAUUUGAGCAAUUUCUACAUAAGUUGAUGAAACUAUUUUUAGGCAGAAGAAGGGAAAUACUAUAGUUGCCAAAAGUACUUAAUCUAAUUCUAGACUUGAAAGAUGGGUAAAUUCAACUGGAGGUAAUCCAUAGGCGGAUUGUUUAAUGGUGCUCUUUUUCAACUUUUGGUGGAUAUGCUAGAGUGCAUGAUCUCACUGCUCCCGUACUGGAUAUUUUCACCAAGGGGAAACCUGUGAAAGCAUCU